AUGUCAGACUCGACAGCGCUCACGAAGCGCAGCGCAUCCAAUGCGCUUAUGCCGCCACCGCCCGCCCCCAAACGUAUAAAACGCCCUUCGGUAGUCCUAGACGAAGAUACCUAUGUUUCCGCCGUUUCGCACAUCAUUCGCCGCGACUUUUUCCCAGGGUUAGCAGAAGCAGACGCACAACGCGAGUAUCUCAACGCUGUGGAAAGCAAAGAUCGGUCAUGGAUCAGAGAAGCCGGCCAGAAGCUCACACAGGUCAUGACUCCUGUGCCGAGCGGACAAAGAAAGAUGGCAGCGAGAACGAGGUUCGACAAGACAGGCGGAGCUGGUGACAAGACUCCAAGUGUAUGGGGCGCAGACACACCUGUUACACUCGCUGGGCCGGAAAUUGAAGACGACGAGGAAGGCCUGGGCAAACUGGAUAAUGUCGACCUAAACAUGAGCUUAGGCGCAUUCCAAGCAAAAUACACGAGCGAAGACCAGGAGAGUUUCAGCCAAAUCAUUGACAAGCAGAAUAAGACAAAAUUCGAGAAGAACAUCUGGCUACGGGAAGGCAACAUGUACGCGAGCAAGCAGCGCGUAGCACAACAGAAGGUCAUCGAAGCUAGAGCCACUGCGUCUGGAGGCAAGGACAUGAUACUCAGCACACGACCAAGCCAGAACCUCGAUGAUCGACCGGCAGCGCCCACAGGACACCGACAUACUGCCCGAAACAGCCUCAUGUUCGGCCCUGACAGCGUAGAACAAUGGGCACCGACUCGCGCGCAACAAGCCGAAAACACCUCCCUCGCACCUCCAAAGAAAGUCCUCUACAACAAUACUCGCCUCCCCGCUCCCGAAGCAGACCCUCCUCGUCCACCCAGUCCCACCCUCUCAGCCGUCCGUGAUGCUGUUGCAGGACGUCCGCGUCUCAAUCCCAGCGAAGGAGGUUACACUGGGAGCGAAACACCCCGAGUGAACGGCUACGCUUUCGUCGACGCGCAACCCCCUUCUCCCUCUGACGAUGACGACGACGACGCACCCACCGACCUCCUAGAACGCUACGGUCUAGGCAGUAGUGACAAAGCCACACCGUUCACAAUCAACGACUCGUCGUCGCGCGAGAAGAUGCAUCACAAAAUGGUCGAACAGAUUGGUGCUAAACGAUCCAACACUGACAAGCAGACGAAGCCAACAGGCUCGGGCUUGGGAAUAUUCACAAGUGAGACGCCGAGAUUCUUAAGCGCGCCGACGCCAAAGAGAGGACCUGCUAUUGGCGGCAUGACACCAGGAAGGAAAGCGAAAGGAGAUUUGACGCCCGCCGCUCAGAGGCUAUUUGAGAGAAUGGGAAAUGCGACACCAAGGGGUGGAGGCAGUGCUGGGUUCGGUGGGGAUAGAAAGGGGGGAUCUGGGUUAGGACAGGAUUGGACGCCUACGCCUAGAGUCAAGAGGAGAGCAUAG